CGGCGCGUGGGGGGCGGGCCGAGCGCGGCUCUGCGGUGGCGGCCCCGGGCCGCUGAGUCCCGUGUCCCCUGCGUGGCGAGGCCGGUCCGCCCCCGCCAUGGGCCUGGAGCUCUACCUGGACCUGCUGUCCCAGCCCUGCCGCGCCGUCUACAUCUUCGCCAAGAAGAACCGCAUCCCCUUCGAGCUGCGCACCGUGGACCUGCGCGAAGGCCAGCACCUCAGCGAUGCCUUUGCCCAGGUGAACCCCCUGCAGAAGGUGCCAGUCUUGAAGGACGGGGACUUCGUCUUGACCGAGAGCGUGGCCAUCCUGCUCUACCUGGCCCGCAAGUAUAAGGUCCCCGACCACUGGUACCCUCAGGACCCGCAGGCCUGUGCCCGUGUGGACGAGUACCUGGCCUGGCAGCACACAGCCCUGCGGAGAAACUGCCUCCGAGCCCUGUGGCAUAAGGUGAUGCUCCCUGUUUUCCUGGGUGAGCUGGUCUCUCCUGAGACGCUGGCGGCCACACUGGCAGAGUUGGAUAUGGCCCUGCAGGUGCUUGAGGGCAAGUUCCUCCAGGACAAAGCCUUUCUCACCGGGCCGCACAUCUCUCUGGCUGACCUGGUAGCCAUCACGGAGCUGAUGCAUCCCGUGGGUGCCGGCUGCCAAGUCUUCAAAGGCCGACCCAAGCUGGCUGCGUGGCGCCAGCGCGUGGAGGCAGCGGUGGGGGAGGCCCUCUUCCAGGAGGCCCAUGAGGUCAUCCUGAAGGCCAAGGACUCUCAGCCUGCAGACCCCACCUUGAAGCAGAAGAUGCUGCCCAAAGUGCUGGCCAUGAUCCAGUGACCCAGGGAGCUGCGCCUCUGCUCUGCCCUUGGCAGCUCGCGGAGCAGCUUCAUUUCUGCUGUCCCUUGGGAGGCAGACCUGGAGAACAAGCAUGCCUUGCCUGCCUGAGUCCUCUGCUCCUGGGGCCAGGUUCCCACCCAUCUGUCGCUGGGGCUGCAGAGCCACAAGGAGAAUGGCACACCCAGACCUCGUCUCCUUUCAUCUGCAUUUUCUUUCCAGUCUGGGAAAUAAACCUGGGCUCAGCCUGAGCCUUUGCUUCUAA